AUGUUGGUCAAAAGUCUCUUCGUUUUUUGUAUUCCAGCUGUACUUCUAAAGGUCGUACAAACCCAGUGUAUUGGGGCACCCCUAAUAGCUGGUGAAACUCUAUUGCCGUCAAAUAUGGCGGCUGAACUAAUGACACCUGUCUUCGGGCGCGUAGUUGGCGCGAAUAUUAUAAUCGACACCUCAGCCCCUGAACCUUCAGGCGUCUCUAUAUUUUCGGAAGACGUAAUUAUUGAAGGUACCGUAUUGGUUACAGGAAACUUACCAUUUUUGGGUACCGUUGCUUUAGAAGGUGUCGUUCCAGCAACAGGCUCUAGUGCUGUGGCUUAUGAAUGUGGUACUGGAAAUAUUGGUAUCGCUGAUACACCCCCAGUUCCUGUCAGUGUAAUACCGCCAAAUGUUUCUAGUCUCGGCAUGGCUGGUAGUAUUAAUAGAUUAGCUAGAUUCUAA